AGGGGUCUGGAAGAGUGGGAGGAGGGAGAAAAACCAAAGAAAGGACAGAAUGAGACCGGAGGGGCUGUGGGGGUGAAAGGACCCAUCUAAAAAAGAGAGGGACAGAGAGGGGAGAUAGAGGGAGGAACAGCACCGGAGAGCAGAGAGAAGCAAAGAGAAAGGGGGAGGGAGCAGAAGGGUUACCUCAUCUAGAGCUGCUGGUGCACACGGUGCAGGGGAGAAGUUGUGGGAAAGUAAACAGCAGAGGAGAAUUCCAAUCUGCUUUCAGCCACUUGCAGCCCCCGCAGGAGACUAUAAAGAUGAGUGUGCUGGACCCGGCAGUGUGGUAAAACCUGAGAGUUUGUGGGAGGUUACCAGGAUUAAAGGGUCACCAGGGAGUGCCUGAAGCUUCUCGGAGGACACACUACUGAGAAACGAGGAGGGAUUAUGUCUACUGUGAUGUCUCAGCAACCGCCGAAGGAGGACGAAGAGGAGGAAGAUGAAGAGCAAGGGGAAGAGUUUUUGUUUGAGGACAGUACGGAUGAGGACAAACUUCAGGAGGACAGUAAAGGGAUCAGCUCUGACUCUGUUAAGUCUGUCCAGUUGUCAAAAAAGGAAGGCAGUGAGACAUCAGACAGCACACAACUUCACACAACUUCGCCUACUGCUGGACAGGGGGACAUUUCCACCAAGGAUGUAACUUCAGUUCCUACUGCAGAUGUUCCAGUUAAUGAGUCACCCAGCUGCGCCUCUGCAGCAGCAGCCGAGCCCAGCACCUCAGCUCCUUGUGUGGGAGAAGAGCUCGGGGGGCUUCCCGCCGUGCCGUCAGCUGUGGAGACGCCGGCCUAUUCAGGAGACCACAGCAAAGAAAUCAUCAAGGAAAGCUCCGGCUCCAGGGACAUCUCUGAAGCUGCACAUGUGGCUAAAACUGAGCCACAGACGGUGGAAGCUUCAGAAGUGAUCUAUGAUGACGUUCCAAGUGAGGACCCCCUCUCUCCUGAUGAAGAUAUGAUAUAUGAAGAUGUUCAGAGAGACAGUGGUCCACCGAAUGCUAACAAUGGAUGGAGCUCCAGUGAGUUUGAAAGCUAUGAUGAGCAGUCUGAUAACGAGACCAAACUACCAACACGGAGCAAGCUUGCUCCUGAAGUGCGUCGGCUGAGGGAACGGUGUGCCAAGACCAAACGCGAACUGGCCAUGAGGCUGUCUGGCAAGCACAACUGUGACAUCAAGGUUCAGCAGCUCAUGAAGGCGGCGAGAAGCGGAACAAAGGAUGGGCUUGAAAAGACCAAAAUAGCCGUCAUGCGAAAAGUUUCCUUCCUGCAGAGAAAAGAUCAAUUGGAAGAGGAGGAUGAUGCAGGAUACCUGGAUGUGGCUGUGUCAGAAGACAAGCAUCCUCCCCCACAGCUGAGCCCCAUGCCAGAGGGGCUGACCAGCCACCAGGUUGUCAGACGCCAUAUCCUCGGCUCCAUCAUUCAGAGCGAGCGGAGCUACCUGGAGUCUCUCAGGAGAAUCUUGCAGGAAUAUCACAGACCAUUGAUGGAAGCUGAUCCACGCAUCCUGAGUCCAAGAAAGAUCCGCCCUAUAUUUCACCGAAUCAGAGAGAUCACACAGUGCCACUCCAUGUUUCAGAUUGCACUGGCGUCACGUGUGGCUGAAUGGGACAGCAGUGAGAAAAUCGGAGACUUAUUUGUUGCCUCGUUUUCCAAGUCCAUGGUGCUGGAUGUAUACAGCGAUUACGUGAACAACUUCACCAAUGCCAUGGCUCUCAUUAAAAAGGCGUGCAUGUCCAAACCAGCCUUUCUGGAAUUCUUAAAGAAGAAGCAGGCAUCUAGUGUUGACCGGAUCACUCUGUACGGCCUGAUGGUUAAGCCCAUUCAACGAUUCCCUCAGUUCAUCUUGCUCCUACAGGACAUGCUUAAGAAUACACCGAAGGGCCACGUGGAUCGUCUGCCCCUGCAGCUUGCUCUGACAGAGCUGGAGAUGCUGGCUGAGAAGCUGAAUGAACAGAAACGAGUAGCUGACCAGAUUGCAGAGACCCAACAACUAGCCCGCAGCGUUAGUGAUCGCCUGCUCAGUAAGCAACUGAACUCGGAGCAGGGGUCACUGGUCCUUUGUGAGACGCUUAUUGAGACUGUGUAUGGCGAGCGGGGACAAGUCCUGAAGUCGAAGGAGAGAAAGGUCUUCCUCUUUGAUGAUGUACUCAUCUGUGCCAACAUAAAUGUCAAGGGGCCUCCGGAUAUCAGCAGCCUGGUCCCGGUUGGCCCCAAGUACACCAUGAAGUGGAGCGCCCCCUUACAGCAGGUGCAAGUAGUGGAGGUGGGGCAGGAGGGCUCUCAAAGCAAAGACACCUUCUUCCAACAGAGCGGGGCCAAGCGGCCAAGUGGUGCCUGCACUUCAGGUAAAGCGAUCCUGGGUCCUCCACGGCUCUACCAUGAGCUGCAGGAACUGCAGCAUGACCUUUCUGUUGUGGAAGAGGUCACUCUCCUUGUGGGCACGCUACAGGGGAUGUACCAAAACCUGAACACAACUGUGGCCCAGGACUGGUGUCUGGCUCUGCAGAGGCUUAUUCGCAUCAAAGAAGAGCAGAUCCAGAGUGCUAACAAAUGUCGCUUACGCCUGCAGGUGCCUGGCAGGCCAGACAAGUCAGGGCGUCCUGUCAGUUUCAUGGUGGUCCUCAACACUCCCAACCCCCUUAGCAAGAUUUCCUGGGUCAACCGUCUGCACUUGGCCAAGAUCGCACAACGAGAGGAGAAUUCGCCAGGCUGGCUAUGUGGAGAGGACGAAGGGAAGACUAUGGCCCCGUUUUGGUGUCCGCUGCUUGCUUGUCACAUGACUGUCUUUGCCACGAAGUCACCGGAAAGAAAGCUUGAAGCUGCCCUCCACAAUCCCGUUCACUGUGCACUGUUGGGCUUCUCUGCAGCGAGCACCUCCUUACCUCAAGGCUACCUCUGGGUGGCUGGUGGAGGGGAAGCCUCUCAGGGGCAGAUAGAGAUAUUUUCCCUCAACAGGCCCAUGCCAAGGGCUGUAAAGAGCCUGCAAGUCGGCUCUGUUGUCCGAUGUCUGGAAUAUGUGCCAGAACCUUCUCGGACUGAGGAAGUGGAGGCUGGAGUUCAAAAGGCCCCCUCGGGGAACGGCGCCAACAUUUGUGUUGGAUUAGACGAUGGGCGCAUACUGGUCUACGGCAGUGUGGACACUGCAGCACAAUGCCUAUUGACCCUCCAUAACCCAGAGGGCUGCCCUGUGCUAAGCCUCAAGCACUCCUCUCGCUUCCUGUUUGCAGGCCUGCGGAACGGGACCAUGAUGGUUUAUGGAAGAAGUAACAGUGAUGACCUUUGGGACCCUGACUCCUGCAGAUGUGUAAGCCUGGGCUCAGAACCAGUGCGAACACUGUUGGUGUUAGAUGACUCAGUGUGGGCAAGCUGCGGGAACUCUGUCACAGUCGUAGACAUCUCCAGCCUCACCACUCAGAAGUUUGAAGUCCAUCCAGACCCAAUGGUCAGCGUUGCACACAUGGCAUGUGCCGGUGGAGGGGUGUGGAUGGCAUUCUCCGAGGGUUCCUCCAUUCGUCUCUUUCAUACUGAAACACUGGAGCUUCUGCAGGAAAUCAACAUUUCAACACGCUCAACGCUGCUGAACACCGGUCCAAAGAGCAUGCGAGUCACAAGUCUCCUAAUUUGCCAGGGGCUGUUAUGGGUGGGCACUGCCCAAGGCUUAAUUAUCACUCUUCCAGUUCCCAAACUGGAGGGCAUCCCCAAAAUAACAGGAAAGGGAAUGAUCUCUCUAAAUGCCCAUUGUGGGCCUGUGGACUUCCUGGUAGCCACUACCAGCACUCUCUCUCCUGAACUGCUGAAGAGGGAUUCUGUCGGGGAUGGCCCAGACUCUGCAUGUGGAGGCGAGGAUCGCAGCGAUACCUCCUCUCAGGAAUCCCUUCAACAGUCCAGCUCCUACCAGGGAGAGGGGAGAGGCAAAGGACGAGGCGUUCUGCUGCAGUACAAGCUGCGCUCCACAUCAGGACUACCUGGACGGCCAUUAACGGCGCUGGGCGACGAGGCGUCAGACUCCUCCCUGGAGUCUUUGGAGCACAGCGUGGAAGAUGGAUCUAUCUAUGAGCUCAGUGAUGACCCAGAAAUGUGGGUCCGGGGACGUCCUUGUGAGAGGGAUGGGGGGCGCAGGGACAGGGUGAUCUCUGCAGCGGUUAUCUCUGGAGGCAAGGGCUUCCGUAGACUGAAGGAAGGAGCAGCAGCAGGUACUAGGACAAGUGGGGCGGGUUUAGAGAAUAUUCUCAUGGUUUGGCAGCUCCCACUGACAGUGUGAUAUGGAAAAUAUAAGGCAAGGUGAUGUGUAUUUAUAGAUGUCUACCCAGCUUAGCCUUGAAUCCCAUGUUCCAAAAAUUCAAAGGAUUUGAAUAUAUGAUGAGUAGGCGUUGCCACAGUUACAGAGCUUGACAUCUUAUGAUUUAGCCUGUGGAAUAAGGAAGCUAAGACAUGCUGUUUAUUAGAGGUACUGUCAUCCCAUAGGAUGCUUUAAAUGUUCAGGAUCAUCAUGCGUCAUCAUCUCCCCAGCUGUGGCAGAUGCCACCACAGAUUUCUUUAGUGUGAUUGUUUUGAUCUGGUUCUUUUUCCUGCCUUAGUGAAGAUUGAUAUGCCUCAAUUUAACCUCAUCAUUGCUGCGUGUGCUCUGCAACAUUUAUUUUAUGCGAGGGACUACUGUGUGAGCACCCAUGGACAGCACGCCUUUGAGAGGCAGCCUUUGUUGAAUCUGCUAUGCUCUGCAGAGUUAGAGAUGGACAUCUUUUAUCUGAUCCUGUGGGAAAGAUCCCAUCUGUUUAGAGCUGAAAGCUGGGGACUUCCACUGCAUCACAAAGCACAUUAGCAUCACUUUAUUAGCUUGCCAGCCUUUCUGUUGUCCCAUACAAUGUGAAUGUACGAUACCUUCUAUUGUGUCUCAAAAUUGAAUCUGUGCUCUCUUAAAAAAAGAAAGAAUUUAAUUUUUUCGUGUUUUGUUGCUGCUGUUGCAAAAAUGAUUUCUGGUUUUGGAACUCUCCUUCCAAGACUUUACCAUGCCUUUGUUGAGGAGGGUCAUGUUAGUACAGACUAGCUGCAAAAUUGAUUUGGAAAACAAAAGUUCUGAGAGUUAAAUAUGUUAUUGCUCUACAUUACAGAAUCUAUAUUUGCACUGUAGAGAUCCUGUUAUUAUUACAGAUUUAUUUAAAGAAAAGAAACUUCUUAGUGCCACAUUUGAGAGUAUUAUCUUGCCCAAGCACUGUAAAUGCCAGAUAUCUGUUUCAUUAUUCACUGUCAUCUAUCAGCUAGAUAAAACAAAUGUGCACACAAGGUUGGUAAUAAAUAACUCACAUUAGCUGUAAACCCCAGUUACACAUCAAAAGCAAAACUCUUUAAACAAAUGAUGAAAUAAAAGUGCUUCAGCUAUCCAAAAUGCUAUCGGCUAUGUAUCAACAGAGGGAACCUACCUAACAGAGAUCCCAAUGAGCAUGUUUACAUGCACUUUAAUUUUUAAUAAUAUACAAUAUGAUUCUGAUUAAAUAUGGUGUUUUACAAGCAAUAGCAUAAGCUUGUAUUACAACAGGAACUGAUGUAUAUUAUUUGUGAUUUCAGCCAGGACACUAAGUCAUGUAAACUUUGUCCCAUCAGUUCUUGUUUUCCUUCUGUUUCCAUGCCGAUAUUUGGUAAAUAUUUGAAGUUUAAUGCAAACAUUAAUAUUUUAUCAGGAUAUGAAGAUGCACAUAAACAACCAGACAUCCCUGUCAGGUGGAAACCUCACAUAUCCAUUGUUGGUGGUUAUUAUGUCUUUAGAUCAGCAAAAAAAAAAAAAAAAAACAUGGUCUGUCUUUGACCUGAUAAUAAAACCAUUUUAACCAUAUUGAAUGAUAUAUAAAAUGAGUUGUCAUUAGGCUAUGUACAAGCUGUUCUAUUUUUUUAAACUUGUAAAAUUAUGAAAUUUUGGUUUUUAUUUAACACCAUUAUGUUGAAUUGGAGCUGGUAUGAGAAGCAGUCGGUGUUACUGCAUGUUUAAUAUUGUAAAGUUUUUGCUUCAUCACUUCUUAAUUGGAAAUUAUUAGAGUUGGCAAGCCUGUAAAACAUGGACUAUUGGCAGCUAUCUCACAGACAAAACCAAGAAGUAUACUUAAGAGUGCACAUUUUUCACAGUGUGUUGACACAGUCAGUGGAGGCCACGCAAAUAUCUCUCUAUGAGCAUAGCUUUGUGGAUUUUCAAUAAACCGAGCGAUGCUAAGGGUUAUGGUAUAUCAGUUUUCUCCACCUCUAUUUCUACUUAGCCUUUCAACCACACAUUCACAUUUUCAUGUUAUCCCUUCAUCACAGAUGAAGGAUAGAGUUCAUGUUCAGUAUUUCCUCGACCUCCCAUUGAGGUAUUUCUCUUUUCUUCUCCCCCUCACCUGAAAUUGAAAAGCAUUUAAACAUCCAUCUGUCAGCCAGAAUCAUUAAAAAAAAGACAAUGUAAACUGUCCCUCAGAUGCUGUCAUCUAAAUGUAAAUCUCAAUGUCACAUCAGACAUAUAUACUCUAAUUUAUGUGAGAUUCAAUGCGGCUGCAGCCACAAUGCCAUAAUGGUCAGAGGUUGUUCGUUCAACCUUAACCAGAGGAUGAGUGUGUAUUCCUGCUUGAAUAGCGUGAAUAACUAUACAUGAUUUCUUUACAAAAGCUGCCAUAGAGUUGGCAUUGUUGAACUGUUUCAAAAAGCUUAUCUGCUAACAACUGAGAUUUCAUUUCAAAAGUAUAGUGAACUUUGAUGGUGAUGUUAAAAACUCAUACAUUUCAUUUGCUUACACUACAUGUGUACAGGUAUUAUCCAUGCACUGAAUAUUAAUAAUCUUGAAUGAACGUACUGUACUACUAAUUCAAAUUGUUACUGUACUAACUAAACCUAUAUUCCCUUUUGUAAAGCGGACUCUGCAACAGUGUUGAUGUUUUAGAUGAGACUGCAUAAGGCACAGUAUGCAAUUUAUUUCCUGUGGUGUUAUGAUAACAGCUGAGAUCUGGGGACAUUGUGACAUUACUGAAAAGAAGACUGGUGAGAUGAGAAAAACAAUCACGUGAUCAUACAGCUUUUGAACAAACCCCUUGCUGUAGUCGUGCACAUACAGUUUUCCUGUGCAAUGAGGCAUUAUUACUGACAAAAUGGGAGCGUUCACCCUUAAUUUUACCACCCACAACUGUUGGCUUGUUUACAACCUGUGUGAUCAUCUGACUGCUCAUAUCUUGACCUGUUAGACCAUACCUCAGCGAUUCAUUUUGUGAAUACAAAAUUACAAUAACUGAUUGAAAUGACGACCAGACCAACAAAAGUAAAGUUAAAAAAGUCAUUAACUGUAAUUGUCCUUAUACAUAAUGCAAUCACAGGCAUGUGGAAACAGUAAUUUCCCUGUGGUACAAUAAUGUUAAAUGUCUAAACAUUGUCUAACAAGCAUAUGCUGAAUUAAAAAACAUCU